UUGAACUAUACAUCGAGUCAGUGCUAAAUAUAAACGUAUUACAUCAAGACGUGAACAAAGUUAUAAUGUGGAUUUUGUUUUUUGCUUUUGCCAUCACAUCGUGUAGCGCUGCAGAAUUUAGCUCGCGACCCACAAAUGUCAGCCUACUUCUAUUACAUUUCACGAACGAAGCUACAAAAGGUCCAGUCGUUUUAGCACCUUUCGGUUUAUGGAGCAUGAUGGCGGGCGUGUCGUUCGGUGCCCAUGGAGUCACAAAAAGAGAAAUCUUCAGAGCUUUUCUGUUACUCACAGAUAGGAAAAAGUUCAGCGAACAAUAUAAAAACUUAACGGACGUGCUGUUCCAAGUAAAUAUGACUGGUGUGGAGGUUUCGAAUAACAAUUACUUCUUUGUGGAUAAGAACAUUCUUAUAUAUCCAGAUUUCAGGGAAAUAUUAACGAACGAUUAUAAUUCGAUAUUUAAGACUUUCGACUUUCAAAAUCCAAUAUUAUCAGCAGAUCGUGCGAAUUCAUUACUUAGAAAUACAAAUAAACGAACAUCAUAUAUAUUUCAUUCGGAUGAUUUUAAAGAUUCCACUAUUGUUAUGGCCAAUGUUAUUUUCUUUAAAGGUUACUGGUCAACACCCUUUAAUAUGUCAAAUACCGCAAGGGAAAUGGUAAGUUCUUUCGAUGGUAAACGUGGUAAUGUAGAUAUGAUGCAUAUAAGUGCGAAAAUCCGCUCUAGCCACAUGGAAUCGAUGAAGGCUACUGUGACGGAGUUACCAUAUGGAAACGAUGAGAAAUAUUGUAUGCUACUAUUAUUUCCUGACGCGAAUAUCAGUAUAAAAGAUAUGUACAGAAAUUUCGAAAGAGUUACAUUCAGGGAUAUAUUUACCAAGCUCCAGAGAGACGAAGAUGAAUUCGGAUUAAAAGAUAUUGACGUAAAGCUACCGAAAUUUGUAAAAAGAUCAAAAUUACAAUUGCAUAAACCAUUUAACGAUAUGGGCAUAUAUGAUGCAUUUGAACCAAAUGAUGCCGCAUUUGGCAGGAUAUCAAAUGAGCCAAUUUACAUUGAAACGAUUGAACACAAUGUCAUAGUUUCGGUAACGGAAUCAGGGACCGUAGCGUAUGGAAGUACGCCAGGUAUAAUUGCGAAGCUUCCCACUGUCCAGGAAAAUGAGGUGAUGCCACCGUUUUCUUUCUUUAUCAUAGAAAAGUCAACAGCAACCGUAAUUUUUGGUGGUAUAUUCUAGUUUACGCAAAAAAUAAUCACAAAAUUUAUAUAAAAUACAUAAUUGAAUUGAUUAUUCUAUAAGGCGGGUGGAACAGAAAGUGAUUGUAAAACUCUUGACGAUAAAAAGUUCCAAUCCAGAAUCGAGAAUACGACUAAUAAAUAGAUUUGUGAAUUUCGCAACGGGACACGCGGGUGGUUUUCAGUACAUAAUUAAUAAUAAAGUCUAUAAAGAUAUUAUUCACAAGAACCAAGUGUACGUUUA